UUCAUUCAUUCAUAAAUAUAUCCCCUCUAUUACCCCUUUUCUAGUAACCACUCAAAAGACUUUACUUCACUCUCUCCAAAUGGCUUUUCCUCUUAUUCUUUCAGCUUUCUUAGUGUUGUGUGCUAGUGGCUACAGCCAACGUUCUCCUUCGCCGGGAUACUACCCGAGUUCUCGAGUACCAACUUCACCUUUUGAUCGUGAAUUUCGGACCCUAUGGGGCUCUCAACACCAGCGGUCAGAGCAAGGCGUUAUCACUCUUUUGCUGGACAAAUCAUCUGGGAGUGGAUUCAAGUCUCUUCGUUCUUACAAGUCGGGCUACUUUGGUGCUUCCAUUAAGCUCCAACCAGGCUACACAGCUGGAGUUGAUACAUCUCUCUACCUCUCAAACAAUCAAGAACAUCCCGGAGACCACGACGAGGUUGAUAUCGAAUUUCUAGGAACAACGCCCGGGAAACCAUAUAGCCUUCAGACGAACGUAUUCGUCAGAGGAAGUGGUGACCGAAAUGUUAUUGGGAGAGAAAUGAAAUUCAAUUUGUGGUUCGACCCUACUCAAAAUUUCCACCAUUACGCAAUUUUGUGGAACACUAAUCAAAUUGUAUUCUACGUAGAUGAUGUACCGAUACGUACGUACGACAGAAAGAACGAAGCUAUCUUCCCUACAAGACCGAUGUGGUUGUACGGAUCGAUAUGGGAUGCAUCGGACUGGGCCACGGAAAAUGGAAGGAUCAAAGCCGACUAUCGAUACCAACCAUUUAUUGCUAAGUACACAAACUUUAAGUUAGCGGGAUGCACAGCAGACGGGUCUAGCUCAUGUACACCGCCAUCGGCUUCACCUAUGGGGAGUCGAGGGUUAAGCAAUCAACAAAGGGGGGCUAUGGCAUGGGCACAGAGGAACUUCUUGGUCUAUAACUAUUGCCAUGACCCUAAAAGAGACCAUACCCAAACACCAGAAUGUUAAGCGAAACAAACAAACAAAAAGAUUUUAAAACAUUUGUUAUGCAUUAUCAAUUAUACAUUAAGUUAAUAACGAGUGUAUUGAGACGGGUCCACACUGGAAAAGUAGAGUGAAGCAGUUGAGCGUCCAAUCCUCCAUGAUUUGAGAUUUGUUUUUAAAGGUUAUUUAUAAUCUUGUCUUGGUCCAUUGUAAUAUUCUAAUAAUUGUGGCAAUAUUGCGUGAUGUUUUUAAUAUAUGGUAUUGUAUGUUUUUUUUGGUUGAAAGCUAUGGUAUUGUAUUA